AUGAAUCUCCUCUACUCGACCGUGAACACCCUCCGCGACCGAUACACGCCGGUAUCGCACAAGUCCACCUUCCGCCAGACGGGUCAAAUCACACCCGAAGAGUUCGUCGCCGCGGGCGAUUACCUCGUCUACAAGUUCCCCACCUGGUCCUGGGGCGACGCCGACGCCGACAGCCGCCGUGUCAGCUACCUGCCUCCCGGGAAGCAGUUCCUCGUCACGCGCAACGUCCCUUGCAACCGCCGGCUCGACGAUGACUUCGCCGGCGAUGCGGGCCACGAGGAGGCCGUUGUGGAGGGUGGCAAGAGCUCCGGGGCCGGCGACGACGAUGAGGACGGGUGGCUUCGCACGGGCGGUCUGGCUAGCUCGCAGCCACUCAAGGUAAAGGAAGUGCGGACGGUGGACGACUCGGGAAAUGUGGGAGAUGGGGAGGUUGUGGAGGAUGACGAUGAGAUUCCGGAUAUGGAGGAUGAAGACGACGAUGAGGCCAUCAUCCGCGAUGCGGGAGACAACGGAAAGAACAGCGGUCGGCGGACAUACACCCUCUACAUUAUGUACUCAACCUAUUACCGCACACCCCGCCUCUACCUCUCGGGGUACUCCCCAAACGGUCAGCCGCUGCCGCCACACGCGAUGAUGGACGACAUUGUGGGCGACUACAAGGACAAGACGGUGACGCUCGAGGACUUUCCAUUCUUCGCCAACAACAUCAAGAUGGCGAGCGUGCACCCAUGCAAGCACGCGUCCGUGAUGAAGACGAUGCUCGACCGCGCCGACGGGGCGCUGCGUAUCCGGCGCGAGAAGCUACGCGCGGGCAAGGCCGUCGGCGGGGACCAGGGGAUGGAGGGGCUCGUUGACGAGUUGGGGAAGCUGGAUGUCAAGGAUGCUCAGGCCGCUGCUGAUAAGGACGGCGAGUGGGAGGAAGUAGAGCAGAGCGAGGUUGACGAGCAGGAGGUUGCGAUUCGGGUGGAUCAGUAUUUGGUUGUUUUCCUCAAGUUCAUGGCCAGCGUCACACCUGGUAUCGAACACGAUUUCACAAUGGGAGUAUAA